AAAAAAAAAUCACUAAUAUUCUUCAAAAAAAAAAAAAAAGUAAGAAAAAAUCGUGAACCAUUGUAUUACACUAUUACAUUACUGUUUCCUAAAGCGUGACCGUAACAUGCAAAAGCAACAGAAAAACGUGAUCGUUCAAGGAUCAAAAUUUACCAAGGGCACGAGGACGAAGGAUCUGACCGCAAUUAAGAAGACGACGAACCUAGUAAAUAAAUGUACGAAACCGAUUGUUGGAUGGAUGUGACUUUAACAAAGAAGGACGCUGCUGGGUGGGUUUACAGAGGCGAAGGAGCUGCCAACAUUGUUCUCGCUUACGUUGGAUCAUAUCCUCCUUUUAUUGGGAAAGUGAUGCGCUUGCGCAAGGCUCCAAGGAACUGUGCUCUUGCUAUGAGGAGCCCCUCUGCUUUGAACGCGCACGAACACCUUCUCUGGAAAGACAUUGAUCAACUCAUAGGAUCUUCCGACAGCGAACUUGCAUGCCAUCUAUUUGUCGAGCACGUUAUGAAGCCAUUGCUUGGUUCCCAAUAUGUUGAUGCUGGGAUGCAUGUCAUGGUGUUGAAGGAGUUUCUUGAGGCAGUUGAAAAGGACGUUAUUUCUAAGCGUCCUAUUUGGCGAGUUGAUAAUGCCAAGAUUGACACGCUUUGUGAAUCUGUGCUACUCAUGUCCGAUUAUUCGCUCUUUACUCAUGGGGCCCUAGAAUCUAGAUCUUGCAUAUCUGUUGAGAUAAAGCCCAAAUGCGGAUUUCUUCCUCUGUCAAGAUUCAUAUCUGAAGGAACUGCAAUCAAAAGAACGAUAACACGUUUUGCAAUGCACCAAGCCCUGAAAUUGCAUCAAGGAGAGAUAGCACUGAUAAGUGAAUAUAAUCCACUUGAUCUGUUCUCUGGAUGCAAGGAAAGAAUUUAUAAAGCUAUUGUGGACCUUUUUACUACCCCUCAGAACAAUUUCCGGGUAUUUUUGAAUGGCUAUCUCAUAUUUGGUGGAUUGGGUUGUGGAGCAAAAGAUACAAAUGUUUCUAUUGCGAAAGCAUUUGAGGAUUCACUUAAGUCUGUCAUUGUAGCUGAUGCUGGUAAAUGUACAGAGAACUUAGUCACUCUUGUUGCUGAGGCCGUGCAAAAGUCAAGGGUACUAGAUCGGCUCUUGGAGGUUCAGAAGCUUGAUAGUGUUGACAUUGAAGGAGCCAUUCAUGCAUACUAUGAAAUUACUUGUCAACAGUGCUUGGUUUGUAAAGAAUUGAGUGACGAGCAAGCAAAAAGAUUUUCUGUUUUUCAUUCUGCUUCUUUGGAUGAAAGCUUGAGAAUUGUGAAAGACUAUUUGAUAGCAGCAACUGCAAAAGACUGUAGUUUGAUGAUAUGCUUUAGACCAAGAAGAGAGGGAGAUUCUGGAUCUGAAUACAAUAACGUAUGUCUUAAGUCAACUAACCAAACCUUUGAUUUUAAGGUUCAUUUUCUCGACCUGGAUUUGAAACGUUUGAGUAAAAUGGAAGAACAUUAUGAAUUAGACAAGAAGAUCGUGAGCUGCUACACCGAAAUGAUUGAGGGGGAUGAAAAAAGAAAGAAAGUCACAAACUUGCAACCUUCAUAAAGUGCAAACUGGAUUUAAUGGAUUGUUAUAGCUGAGACUUGACAAAGAUUGCAGUGUGUAUGCAGUAAAGGGUAAUGAGGAUUUGACAAAACCCAGCUUAUAGGCCGUGUCUUCAGCUCAGAUCUGGUUUUUACUUUGUCAGCGUAAUUUGGCCAUUGCGUGGCUGAUGAUCUGUGUGCCAAUGAGUUUAUGAGCUGUUACAAGGUUUUCUCUCUCUCUCUCUCUCUCUCUCUCUCUCUCUGAGACACAAACUAGGAUGUAUUUAUUAUCUCAUGUUUGAGUAGUACAAAAUGGACAUAUGUAGGUUGAAUUUGCAGAAGCAGCUCAUACUUUCUCCAUUCUGCUGGCACAUUCAAAUUAAAGCUCAUACUGGGAUAGUGUUUAUUUGAAGCUCUCAUUUUCUUUCUUUACGAAUUACAACCUUGGAGAGAGCAGUUAUGUGUAAAAUACCAUUGUAUCAUAAAUGUGAUAAAACAUGAUUAGUUUUGGCAAAUGUUCAUAUAGAAAUUACUUGAUAUUGAUAGAUGAAAAUGCUACAGCUCAUUUGUAGUUUUGGCAUACUUGUUUCCAGAAUUCGUUAACAUUAAGUCCCUCAACAUCUCAUCUCACUUUCUUAUAUUGGAAAAUCUCUUUAUACAUUUUGUUGAA